UCAAUUUUGUAACUAUUAUUUUCCUUUGUUUUGUCCAUGUUUUCUUGUUUUUGGAGAAACUUGACAAGCCAAAGACAGGAGGAACCCAUGGCUAGGAGCAUCUCAUACAUCACAGGCUCCCAGCUUCUCUCUCUCAAACGCCGUCCAAAUAUCGCCAUCGUCGACGUCAGAGAUGAUGAGAGGAGCUACGAUGGGCACAUAGCUGGGUCGCUUCACUUUGCAAGUGAUACUUUUCUUGAUAAAAUACCCAGUCUUAUUCAAGCUGCUAAUGGCAAAGAUACCCUUGUUUUCCACUGUGCUCUUAGCCAGGUUCGAGGACCAAAAUGUGCAAGGAGGCUUGCAGAAUAUCUAGCUGAAUCGAAAGAUGAUGUGGGAAUAAAAAACAUUAUGGUAUUGGAGCGUGGUUUUAAUGGAUGGGAGUCCUCUGGUAGACCAGUUUGUCGUUGCGCUGAGGUCUUCUGCAAGGGUCACACUGAACCAGCAUAGCUAUAAAAAAAAAAAAGGUAGAUAAACCAUGUCAAAGAAGAGGGGAUAUAUUGUACCCUGAUAUAUAGUUCGACAGAUUGUAAUAUUGUCCUAUAAAAGGAUCCUAUGGAGUUGUGAUCUGAGAGGCAUAAAUGGCUGUUUGGCUGCUCAUCAUUUUGAAAAGAAACCAAACCAUGUUAUUUUCAUUUUUAUGCCAUCUUAAAUUACUAUGUUGACAUAAUUUGAAUUUCCUUACUCAUA